AUGAGGCAAUGGGAUUUAACAUGGGAUGGCUUGCCUCGAGAAAUCCGGCUUCUUAUCUUAGAAGCCCUGAUGCAAGAUGGUUGCACACUGGGUCGCUUGGCCUCGGUGUCUCGAGAGUGGCAAACAGAACUCGAGCGGUAUAACUUCGCCCGAAUCAAACUGACACCGUCACGCCUGAUUGAUUUCAGUUCCAUGAUUCAACGCAAUCGGGCCCUCGUUCGCUAUAUCUGGUUCUGCUUAGAACUUGAUGACUAUGACUGCACCAAGUGUGCCCCUGCCCGCGGAAUGCUCACAGACGUGGAGUGGGAAGAGGCAUUUGCCAUCAGUGAUACAGAUAACUGUCCUAUCACUACGUCGUUUCAGAACUUGUUCUCGGUUCUCAGCACAUGGGAUCUUCACGGCGAUUUAACACUCGAUAUUAGUAUCUACUCGCCGAGUGACUCAAAACAUUGGUUUAAAUAUCUGACCUUUAUGCCCGAUACCCUUCCAGAUAUGCUUGUUGGUGGUGGUAUAGAGCAGAUGAUCUUAAACAAUGUCCAUAAUGAUCCUCAACAUGGUUGGGUUGCUGGUUUUCGACACUCUGCUCCAUCUACGUCGGCUAUCCGCAAAGUCUUCCAUUCAAUUAUGGAGGAGGGUCCGUUUGAUAGUGAGCAGUUAGAGCACCAAUGGUGGGACCAGCUUCCAUCGGUCCCGGCGGUGACCAGAUUACUUCUCCGCCAACAGAACCGCCGGAGAUGGAAGCCGGGCUCACUUGCACGUAUGCUUGCCCGUUUUCCCAGACUCCAGGAAGUCCACUACGAGCCCUGGAGAGAAUGGGACUUUAUACAGAGCUAUACAGAUAACAAUUUUCAAUAUCUUUUCGAGUCUAUCCAACAUUCUAACAACAAUCUCAAGAGACUAGUCGUCUUCGAAAACUUUAAUCAACAGUACCCAGCUAUUAUGCAGAGAUUCCUGGACGGGGUUGACUUGAGCGGAUGCGACAGUACUCGCAACCCAGCCCCAGCUGUUAGUCGGAUGGUCGCACUCGCCAGUCUCAGGCUUGAGCAUCUCGCAGCAUCCUUCAUCGUAGAUGCUAGCCAUUUCUUCGAGAUUGAACCCUCUUGGGAGUGGCCAAACCUAACCUCGCUUGCGCUUACUUCAAAAUUACUUACGCCGGACGAGAAUUCGAUCGAGAUUGGAGCUAUGCUUCAGGCAGCGGCGGCGGCGGCUAUGAAGAUGCCACAUGAUAUCCCCACCAUGACUUCGAUAUUAACGAGUCGGCAAGCGGAGGAACUACACAAGUCGAUCAUUGCAUACCUGUCGGGGAAUAACUUACCGAAUGCUGCCGCUGCCCUACGCGCCGAGUUAGGGCUCGGGGAGAAUGUUUUUGAUGACGCAACUGCGAAGAAAUACGAAACAUUGUUGGAGAAGAAAUGGACGAGUAUAGCUCGUGCCAUGCCGACUACUCUCUCUCGGCGUAACCAGGACCCUGCUUCUUGGCUCCCCAGGCACCCUCCUCGACAUUCUCUGGAAUCUCACCGGGAUACCAUUAACUGCGUCGCAUUCCAUCCAGUCUUCUCGUCAGUAGCCUCCGGCUCUGAUGAUUGCACAAUCAAGAUAUGGGAUUGGGAACUCGGCGAUCUAGAAAGGACAAUUAAAGGCCACACAAGAGCAAUACUGGAUGUCGACUAUGGUGGCCCAAGAACCGGGAUUCUCCUGGCAUCUUGUAGUUCUGAUCUGACUAUAAAGUUAUGGGACCCCGCGGACGGUUACAAGAACAUUCGGACACUGCUCGGCCAUGACCAUAGUAUUAGCGCGGUCCGUUUCAUUCGUUCCGGAGCCGCUGGCUCACCAUCAUCAGGAAAUCUUCUUGUCAGCGCGGGCAAAGACCAAACACUAAGGAUCUGGGACGUUACCACUGGGUAUUGCGUUAGGACGCUACACGGCCAUACCGGUUGGGUGCGAGAUGUGUGCCCCUCACCGGACGGGCAAUUCCUCUUAUCCACAGGCAACGACCAGACUCUUCGGUUAUGGGAUAUUUCUACACCGAGCCCAGAGAAUAAGCUGACAAUGAUCGGCCACGAUAACGUUAUUCAGUGUUGUGCGUUUGCACCGCCAUCUUCAUACCAGUAUCUCGCCUCAUUGGCCGGAUUAAAGAAGUCACCGCCAACCACCAGCACUGCAGAGUUCAUGGCGACGGGCUCGCGUGACAAGACCAUCAAGCUGUGGGACUCCCGGGGGGCUUGCCUCAAGACACUCGAGGGCCACGACAAUUGGGUGAGUGCUCUUGCAUUUCAUCCGGGGGGCAAGUAUCUCCUUUCCGUGGGAGAUGACAAGACACUACGGUGUUGGGACCUAAGCCAAGAAGGCAAGUGUGUCAAGGUUCUAGGUGAUGCACAUGAUCAUUUUAUCACUUGUCUGCGGUGGGCCCCGGGGAAUGUGAAGGAUGCGGUUAAUGGUGCGGCUGCUCCAGCACCAAGCGGGGAGGGGAAUGGAACACCGAAGAAGGGAACCGGGGCGGGAACCUCUGAUAUACAGAUUCGCUGCGUCAUCGCAACAGGCAGCGUGGAUAUGACAUUGAGGAUUUUUACAAACUAG